GGCAAUCAAGUUUGCCAGAAAAAUGGAGGGCAUGGAAUAUCUCUACGUUCCUGGCCUUCCAGAACUUGUACCACUUGAAAUCGGCCUCACACUUAUGGCAAACAAGGGUCCCAGCUCACCCAACAUAAUCGAGCUGCUGGAUUGGCAGGACUUUCCAGACCAUUAUAUAAUGGUCCUGCAGCGCCCUUCACCAUGCCUGAGUGUGUUCAAGCUGUUGGAGAGCUGUGGCAACAUCUUUGAAGAAAGGUUUGCUCGGUAUGUGAUGCGCCAGGUUAUCGAGGCAGCUGAGACCUGCUGCCGGCGCGGAGUAUUCCACAGAGAUAUAAAAUUGGAGAACUUGAUCAUCAACACACACACCAUGGAUGUCACCCUGAUUGACUUCGGCUGUGGGAACCUGUUCCACGAAACAGAGUACCACACUUUUAGUGGUAUGUACAGUAUUAAAACUUUAGUGUCAUGACACACAAGCUGCUGAAUACAGUAAAAACAAACUGUUGUAACUCAGACAUGCAAAUCUCUUUCCUCCAGGCACAGAGAUGUACUGCCCUCCAGAGUUUUUCGAAACGGGCAAAUACUUAGCACGGCCAGCAACCGUGUAUUCGCUUGGAGUGCUGCUAUACACUAUGGUGUGUGGAUAUAUGCCAGACUACACGGAUCGGGAAAAGAUGCAGCACUGGCUCUGGUAUCUGCCGUCCUUGUCCUGUGGUAAGAACUUGAAAAAAUUGUAACAAUCAUACAAAAAAGUGUCUGACAAAGCCACUUGGCUCA